AUGUCGUCCUCUACGAAGGCAGCUAGACCUAUUCUGUCCCGUAACCAUGCGGAGGCAAGGCGGCGUGUGAUCAGUUUAUACAGAGCUUGCUAUGUUGACGUCACUGUUCCUAUUCUUCACGCAAAAUUGCGCGAAGAAUUCUAUAAAAACAAACAUGUGACUGACCUUCGCAUAAUCGAUUUGCUUAUUCAUCGGGGGCAGAAUGAGUUGAUUGAGAUGGUUCAUACCUGGAAGUCUGACACGCAUAUAAUGGAUAAUUUUCGCCCUCAUAUUCCAGAAAAGCCGAAAGAAUUUCUCGAAAAGUUUCUCGAAGGCCAUGAUCCCUGA